UUAUGUCGCAUGUAUCGUUUCUAUGGUAACGUGCGCCGCUCCUUGAAUCCUUGGAGUGUAAUUUUAUCUUCGCUGUAGUUACUCUUUCUAUCGGAUUAUCAAGAAUUGUCACGUUUCUCCGUAUCUUUACGCGCACACCGAGGGUCUUAGGAUGAGUUUGCAAGUAAAAGGUGUGCCUGCCAAUCCAAGGGUCCGGAGCAAACAGCUAUCCAGUAACCAUCUUGAGAAGGGCUGGAGGCAAAAAUCCCAGUCUUCAGAAGCACGGCCAGAUGACGUGCCCUAUUUAGAUCUUGGGAAGCUUAGAGAUUCAGAUGAUGAGGACACUUACUCGCCCUUGAGUAAUAGAUAUCCUAGAAUUGGCCCUCCUGAUUCAAGUUCUACUGUUAGUUGGGGGACACCACUGAAUACCCCAUAUGCUCAGCAUUUCCAGAACCAACAGAUUUUACAGAAGCCCAAUCCAGUUCAAGUGAAGCUUUCGUCAGUUCAUAAAACUGUUCCAGAAAGUUUACCACCCCCAUCUGACAGAUUUAAAUUAAAGUACCAGCAAUACGAAGAUGAAAUGAAGCAAAGCUAUAAGCAGUACACAAUGAGAUCUGCCAGGAAGAAGGCAGAACAGCAGUCUGCUAGGCAUCAGGAUCACAAAGAGGAUCCUGAAGUUAAGAAUGGAAAUUUUGCUGAACAUACACUUUUGGAUGAAAAAGCUCAGCUUCAGCAGUGCUAUACUAGUAAACCAAACACGGCACAGCAAAGCCUGAGGAAACUAGAAGCUGAAGACCUUGCUGCUGAAAGACGGAAGCAGGCCGUUGUUGAACAAGUCAUGAUAGACCAUCUGUCUAGGGCCGUUAUUAGUGACCCAGAGCAAAACACAGCGAUUAUGGAAAAUAGUCCAAGAGAAUGGUCAUCUGCUCCUCUUCGUUUUCGAAAAAGAAACUUACACGAAACUAAAGUAAAGACAAGCUCAUCUUUAACAGAAAGCAUGCUCGAAAAUAAACUGCGUUUUGAUGCCCGAAUUAUAUGCAGAAAUGGACGUGAUGCAUGCAGAGAACUCAUUGGAUUCUUUUUUGCGCAUGACAAGUCUAUUACCAUUUACGAGUACCGCCAGUUUGGAAAAAACAGGACAAAUGCAAUGCCGUUCAUUCAGAAGGGAAUUUAUAGCCACCAAUGUGGGCAGAGAAUUGGAAAGCCGUAUGAGCUUCUAGAUUUUCAUGUUGGUGGAAAUCUUACUUUCUUGACAAAAGAACACCAAACCCUUUCAGAAACCUUAAAGCAAAAUGUAUUACUUAACAUACGGAUAACGGCAGUUGAUGAAGAUGCUGUUGCUGCUUUAAGGGCCCAUUUUGAUGCAAGUGAAGUUCCAUUUGGUGUCCAUUUUAAUGACGACAGUUUCUUUUCAGCAAUACAAGAUGUGAUGAAGGAAAAACUUAAAAACAGAGGUGUUCGAACUUUAACAGGCUUAGGAAAAUGCUUCCGGCAGCUUGACAAAACAGGGAAAGGGCUUUUACAGAAACCACAAUUCAAGCAGGCACUCAAAACCUUUCACUUAGAAGUGUCUGAAAAGGUUUUUGAAACCUUGUGGAGUAUUUUGGACGAAAAUAAGGAUGAGAGAUUGGAUUACGGGAUAUUUGUACACGCUUUAAUCGGAGAAAUGAAUGAGUAUAGAAAAUCUUUUGUGAGAAAAGCUUUCAUGAAACUCGAUCCCAAUAAGUCUGGCUUUGUGUCUAUGGUAGAUCUGGGAAAGUUCUACUGUGCCAAGAAACAUCCACGAGUAUUGGCAGGCAAUUCAUCAGAAGAUGAAAUUAAAUUGGCUUUUCUUGAAACACUCGAAGAGGCUUGUAUGGAUCGCAGGGAAGUAGCUUACUGUGAAUUUGAAGAUUACUAUGAAGGGCUAAGCCUUGGUAUCUUGAGUGAUGAGGAUUUCAUUAAUAUUUUAAGAAAUUCUUGGGGAAUAUAGUUUAGUGGAAUGCCGUGUUGUUGAUGUAUAUUUUACAAGAGUAAAAAAAAAAAUACAUAUUUUUUUCAUGUAAAGUAAACCCCCUUUUUAAA